AUGGAAAGCCAGACUGCUGAAUCAAAGACUAUUCCUAGUGAAGAGCUGCUCGCUCGCAAGUGGGAUAAAUGUCUGUCCAACUUUGUCAUCAAGAGUGGUCUAGGCCUUACUGUAGGCGUGAGUCUUUCAUUUCUGCUUUUCAGACGUCGAGGAUGGCCCAUUGGAUUGGCUACUGGAUUUGGAGCUGGAAUGGCUUAUUCUCAAUGUUCUCAGAGUCUUGCGGCGUCUACACUUCUACCUGCAUCUACUCCCAAACAAUAA